GCGGCAGUUUCUCACAAUCUCACGUUUAGUUUGCUCGUAAGGUGCAAGUUGGUUUGUUCCGUGUUGUGCGCCCGCAAAGUGUCCAGCCACGGAUUAACUGCGUGUUUCUGUGACAGACUCCUUCUCAUUAUGUCUCCGAAAAAAUCCCACCGCCAUGUUCUUAGUGAUAGUCAUUCCAACACGAGUCGGUUCUCUUCACUUUUGAAGACUGGCCGUCUUUAAACCACUGCUGGACUUUAAAAAAUGCUAAAAUCCCUCGAAGAAUACGUAGUGGAAAUGGAAAAUCGUAGUGCCAUAAACGAGCAAAAUGCUCAGCAUUUAAGCGAGGACAUCUGGACGCAGCUGCAACAGAAGGAGAACGAUCUCCAACUGGCAGCUGAACUUGGAAAAGCCUUGUUGGAGGAAAACGAGAAGCUGAAGAAGCAGAACGAUGCCACAGUAGAAGAAUAUUCCCGGAAGCUAGAGGCUGUGGAGCAGGACAGGCAUUUGUUGCGAAAAAAGUUGACCAGCAAAGAAUCGGAAUUAGAUGCUCGAAUAUUAGAAUUAGAAAACGACCUUAGCGAAGUUAAGGCGAAGUUAGCGCAAAAGGAAACAUUAGUUAAACAAUGGGAACGGGACAAAAGCCAAUUGUUGGAAGAACUCACUGCUCAGAACUCAAGACUAACCCAUCAGCUGAAAGAAGCACAGUCAGCAGAAACCCAACUUAGGCAACAAUUAGAUAGUUAUAAGGAACAGAUCUCAUUAGGAAAAUCUAGCAUGCAACAACACUUGAGCAACGUAGAUGGCCUGAGAGACGAACUGGAACUAGUCUCAGAAAAAAACAAAGAACUAGAGCGAAGACUGCGAGCAGCUGCCCAGGAACGGGACAAUCUCGCGCUAGCUCUGGAAGAAGCUUCGGAUAGAAUACUUUUACUGGAACGGCAUGCCAGAGAGCAAGAUAUAAGAUACCAACAGAGCUUGAAAGAAUACAGCCUUCCGCAGGAAAAGCUAUCCAUAGAAGAACGACUAAAUGGUGACCACCGAUCGCUUCUAGCAGAAAUGGACAUCUCUGAGCCCACUUUGAGCCAGGAAUGUAUGUCGGUUUAUCGGCAGCUCAGAUCGCUGGUUCAACAGUUGAAGAGUCACCAGGAUGACGAUAGCGGACUACAUUCGGACUGUUCCACAGCUUCGCUGGACGACAGUAGUCGCUUUUCUCCGGGACUUUUAAGCGAAGUGGCCCAAGAAUUGGUAGGACUAGUGCUAGAUACUGACGUGGUGAGAUUACUGGAAAGAUUGGAACAGGCUCGACGAGAAAUUCAGGAGAGAGACGAAGAACUUCAAAAAAGAAUGGACAUACUUAACGAAUUAAGUAGCAAGGCAUCGGUUUGUGAAGUGGAACUGCAAGCAGCUCUAGAAGAACGAGAUCGAGCUCGACAUGACGCCAGUGAUACUUCGUUAGCGCAGGAUGAAGUUGUGGUAAAAGCCAGAGAUGACAGGGACAUGGCAGUGCAAAGAAGAACGAAAGCAGAAGUGGAACUGGCCAAAACACGAGUCGAACUGAUGCAGGCCAACAGCCAGCUACUGGAAGUGAUCCAGCAGAAGGUGGAAAUGAGCCAACAGUUAGAACAAUGGCAGAUGGAUAUGCAGGAGUUGUUAGACGAACAACUGAGAAAUAAACUAUCAAAUCAUGAGCUCAAAAUGCGAAAAAUCGAGCAACAACAAACACCGGUAGUGCCUCCAAGACGAAGACUGUUGAAUUUCUUUUUACAGCGAUAGCAUCUGUAUAAAACUCUCCUGAAUGUUUCCAAGGAAAGUUGCCAAGGAAUCGAUUACGGCUAAAUAUAGGGCAGCUCAUUAGUUGUUUUAAACACGAAAAUAAUGCGAGAUACUUAGUUACCUAAACUAUUGAGGAACGUUGGUAAGCAAAGAUUAAUAUCCACGGGAAUAAAUUGCUUUACGUGUUUGGUUGGAUCUACUGCUAAGAGUUGAACAGCCAAAAUAAUACUUUAAAAAAUCUUCACCAGUGGCAAUAUACUAAUAACGUACCGGGUGAUCAAAUAAAAGAACAUAUUAUUUUGAAUCCUAAACAUUGCCGACGCUUUUUAUUUGAUCAUCCAGUAGAAGGCAAUGCUAUUUUACGCUACCUUUAUACGAUGUAGAUACAAUUAACUAAAACUGUGAUUUUAAGAAGUUUUUCUAAGUAGUAACAAAGUAGCUAAUGGUUGCUAAUUAGUUUUAGCAAAUUGUAGCGUUACGAGAAACUUUAAUUAAGGUUUUAGACUUUUUAAAUCAAUAUUUUACACCCCCCUGACACUAAAAACAAUUUAUAUUGCAAAGGACGUUUUAGGCUGAUCUGUAGGGCUGUUUUACAGAACCUAAAUUUGCUUAGUUGCAAAAUGGCGUAAUUGUAAUUACCUGUACGUGAAGUAUCCGUCCAAAAUUAACACGAACUAAUCAAAAUUAAAAACGCCUUGAACCUAUAAUAAUGUUAUAUUAUUGAAAAUAAAGAAUAUUUUAUACAUUCA